CAAGGGUCAGCUAGUCAACUGUCCGCAUCUUCAAAUACGUGCUCCUUCACCCUUCUUCAACUCGACAUUCAGAUAGCACUCGAGCACUCUCUUCUUCUUCUUCUUCUUCAUCGGAAUCUCAUCGCUCUCCUUUCGAUGGCGGAAUUCGUCGGUCGUCCCUUCUUCAGCUGCAGGAACUGCCGCAACCCCGUCGCCCUCGCCGACGACAUCCUCUCCAGGAAAUUCCGAGUAAAAUCGGGGCCGGCCUACAUGUUCACGAACGCGACGAACGUGGUCAUCGCGAGGGCGCAGGACCGGGAGCUGUUGACGGGGGCCUUCUCGGUCGCGGACAUCUACUGCAGCAACUGCCACGAGGGUAUGGGGUGGAAGUACGUGCGAGCCUACGAUCCGAAGCAGAAGUACAAGGAAGGCCGCUUUAUCAUCGACCUGUCGAAGAUCCUGAAGGAGUACUGAUGCCGAUGCCGAUGCCGGUCCGCGCGUAACCUGUCUCUCUCGCCAUUCCCGUCUUCGCUUCUCGUACCGUGUAAGAAUAAAGCUGCGUCUCCGCCUCCCUCUGUAAAGAAAUCUCUCCAGGCGCUGGACGUCUCUCUCGUCGUGGAAACGACGUCGGAUGAUGUUCGUAUUCACGUUUAAUUAAAAACAACGUUUGAAUUUACAUUAUUAUUAUAACUAAAACAACGUUUGAAUGUUCAUAUUCAUAUAUAAUUUAUUAUAAUCUCGCUAGGAUUAGAGAA